CCUCAUUUUCCUUCUCCGGUUUGUUGUGCUUUGCGCUAUAAGAAGGGGUCGAAGCAAGAGCUGAACAGCUAGCUGGUUGUCACCAUGGUAAUGAAGUCAUCGAUGGAGGAGGAUGAAGCUAGCUGGGGACUUGGUAUUCCUGAAAAGAUGAAGAACAAUGCAAACUGGGUGGACGUGACACAGGAAUUCAAAGAAGCCUGCAAAGAACUCAACCUUGGGGAGUUGCUCCAUGACAAACUCUUUGGCCUGUUUGAAGCCAUGUCUGCCAUUGAGAUGAUGGACCCCAAAAUGGAUGCCGGUAUGAUCGGGAAUCAGGUCAACAGGAAGGUCCUCAACUUUGAACAGGCAGUCAAGGAUGGAGCCAUUCGAGUGAGGGACUUGAGUUUACCUGAGCUCAUUGGGAUUAUAGACACCUGUUUCUGCUGCCUGAUCACCUGGCUGGAGGGCCACUCCCUGGCCCAGACAGUGUUCACCUGCCUGUAUGUCCACAACCCAGACCUGAUCCAGGACUCAGCCAUGAAGGCCUUUGCUCUAGGCAUCCUAAAGGUCUGUGAUAUUGCCCGUGAGAAGGUCAACAAAGCUGCCGUCUUUGAGGAGGAGGAUUUCCAGGCAAUGACGUAUGGCUUCAAAAUGGCAAACAACGUAACAGACUUAAGAGUCACAGGCAUGCUGAAGGAUGUGGAGGAUGAUCUACAGAGAAGAGUCAAGAGCACACGCAUUCGACAGGGAGAGCAGAGAGACCCAGAGGUGGAGCUGGAACAUCAGCAGUGUCUGGCACUCUUCAGCAGAAUCAAGUUUACACGUCUGCUGCUUACUGGACUUAUCGCCUUCACAAAAAAAGAGAUAAGCUCAGUGAGUGAAGCACAGAAGCUCAUGUCCCAGGCAGCUGACCUGCUCCCUGCCAUCCAUUCCACGCUCCACCAUGGCAUCCAGUCCCAGAACGACACCACCAAAGGGGAUCAUCCUAUAAUGAUGGGCUUUGAACCACUGGUCAAUCAAAGACUACUGCCGCCCACAUUUCCACGCUAUGCCAAGAUCAUCAAGAGGGAGGAGAUGGUCAACUAUUUCAGCAAGCUGAUUGACCGCAUAAAGACUGUGUGUGAGGUCAUCAACACCACCAACCUGCAUGGAAUUCUGGACUUUUUUUGUGAGUUCAGUGAACAGUCCCCCUGUGUCCUUUCUAGAUCUCUUCUUCAGACAACCUUCUUAAUUGAUAAUAGGAAGGUGUUUGGAACUCAUUUGAUGCAGGACAUGAUCAAGGAUGCGCUAAGGAGUUUUGUCAGUCCCCCUGUGCUGUCUAUCAAGUGCUGUUUGUACAACAAUCACCAGGCAAAGGACUACAUUGACUCCUUCGUCACCCACUGCUCUCGACCCUUCUGUAGCCUCAUCCAGAUCCACGGGCACAACCGUGCUAGGCAGAGGGACAAGCUGGGCCACAUUCUGGAGGAAUUUGCCACGUUACAAGAUGAGGCAGAGAAGGUGGAUGCUGCGCUGCACAGCCUACUAAUGAAGCUGGAGCCACAGCGGCAGCAUCUGGCCUGCCUGGGCACAUGGAUCCUGUACCACAACCUGCGCAUCAUGAUCCAGUACCUGCUCAGUGGCUUUGAGCUCGAGCUCUACAGCAUGCACGAGUACUAUUAUAUCUACUGGUACCUGUCAGAAUUCCUGUAUGCCUGGCUCAUGUCCACGCUGAGUCGUGCAGAUAGCUCCCAGAUGGCAGAGGAACGCAUCCUGGAGGAGCAGCUGAAGGGCCGCAGCAGCAAGAAGUCUAAGAAGAAGAAGAAAGCACGUCCCUUAAGCCGGGAGAUCACAAUGAGUCAGGCAUACCAGAACAUGUGUGCUGGCAUGUACAAGACGAUGAUUGCCUUGGACAUGGAUGGGAAGGUACGAAAGCCCAAGUUCGAGCUGGACAGCGAACAGGUCCGCUACGAGCACAGAUUUGCCCCUUUCAACAGUGUGGUCACACCACCUCCAGUGCACUACGUCCAGUUUAAGGAAAUGUCGGACCUGAAGAAGUACAGCCCUCCCCCACAGUCUGCAGACCUCUACCUGGCAGCUAGUAAACACUUUCAACAAGCCCGGCUGAUCCUGGAAAACCUGCCGAGCCCAGACCCUGAGGUGAAUCGAAUUCUCAAAGUAGCAAAACCCAAUAUUGUGGUAAUGAAGUUGCUUGCAGGAGGACACAAAAAGGAAACCAAGGCUCUGCCUGAGUUUGACUUCUCAGCACACAAAUACUUCCCCGUGGUGAAGAUUAUGUGAAGUGUGAGGAGACGGGUGGGGUUCAAGUGACCUAUGCCGCAGAAUCCGACCUUGGGCUGCCUGCCCCGUACAUGCUGCCCCUGGACCUCUUCCCUGAACUCAGCAGGCCAAUGGGUUUCUUUUUUUUUUUUCUUUUUUUUUUUUUUUUUCUUCAUCCCUCCCCAUCAGAAGGUGCUGACCAACUGAAUAAACAUGAUCAAAGAAGAGUGUGUG